AUGCUGCGUCUCCCUGGUCGUCUAGGAGCCCGUCGGGCUGGGUCAUCGCCUCACUACCUCGUUCGUGCUGCCAGCGUCGUCACAAACAAUUCUCGGGACAUGCUUGCAGCUGGCUCUCGUCGUCUCAUAUCGAGCUCACCCAGGCACGUACAGCAAGCUGCCGCCGCCAGCGUCAGAGUUGAGAAGCAUCACGAAAGCAAUUUUCAGCUGCCUCAGAAAGAAGUUGUCCCUGGUGGAGUUCCUUACUGGCAGAAAGUCGGUAUUUGGACGGAUGUGCCAGAGGAUAAAUUUCUCAACUAUCAGUGGCAGAUCAAGAAUACGGUUCAAGGAGAGAGCAAGCUGCUUCAAUUCCUGGAGGGCGUUCUCCCUGAGAGACUCCCAUCUCCGCGCGAUCCUAACUCGCCACUUUCCCAGAUCAAGACCAGAAAUGAUUUUCUCAAUGAGGUCAAGGAGGCUAUUCGUAUUGCCCCAAUGGCCAUUCGCAUCACGCCUCACACCCUCAGCGUUGCUGACUGGAGCAAUCCUUUUGAGGAUCCCAUUCGCCGGCAGUUCGUCCCGCUGAGGGCCUCCUUGCUGCCAGACCACCCAAAGUUGACUCUCGAUUCUCUCGGUGAAGAACAUGAUUCCCCCGUUAAAGGCUUAGUUCACCGUUAUCCUGAUAAGGCUCUGUUCCUUGCUACUUCAGUGUGCAAUGUCUAUUGCCGUUUCUGCACUCGGUCUUACGCCAUCGGCGCCGACACAGAAACAGUAACCAAGAACUCUCUAAAGCCCACUCGCAGGCGCUGGGACGAGAUGUUCGAUUACAUCGCCUCCACUCCUGCCCUCUCCGAUAUUGUCAUCUCCGGCGGCGACGCCUACUACCUAACCCCCGACCAGCUGUAUGAUAUCGGCAUACGUCUCCUCGACAUUCCACAUAUCCGCCGUUUCCGCUUUGCAACCAAAGGUCUUGCUGUCUGCCCCUCACGCAUCUUGGAUCCAACAGACUCCUGGACAUCUGCCCUCAUCGCCGUCUCCAACGCCGGCCGCAAGAUGGGCAAAAUGGUUGCCGUACACACACACUUCAACCACCCAUCAGAGGUCACAUGGGUGAGUCGGGCGGCAUCCCAGAAGCUCUUCGCUGCGGGUGUUGUGGUACGCAACCAAAGCGUGCUUUUGCGUGGAGUGAACGACGAUCUGGGCACAAUGAAAGCGUUGAUUCGCGGCCUGGCGGAUAUGGCUAUUACGCCGUACUAUGUGUACCAAGGUGAUAUGGUGGCAGGAGUGGAAGACCUACGCACCCCGCUCCGCACCAUUCUCGAGCUCGAAAGUCAGAUUCGUGGCUCCAUUGCUGGCUUCAUGACACCACAAUUUGUUGUCGAUCUUCCCGGCGGAGGGGGCAAAAGACUCGCAGCAUCAUAUCAGAGCUACGAUUCCAAGACAGGUGUCUCACGGUUCAUUGCACCAGCGGUUAAGGGCGGAGAGACAGUAUAUGAAUAUCAUGAUCCAGAGUGGAGCUUACCAAAGGCCGAAGGGGCUGGCAAGGGCGGUAAUGGAAACAUGACAGGAUAGCGUUCUUAUUCCCGGGCAAGUAUUUUUUGAGAUAAAGCAGGUGAUACCCAGGGAUUGGUUUGGGGUGCAUUAUUUGUCGACUGCCAACUGGAACAUGCAUCGGCUGGGACAUGCAUGCUAGGAACUAGUCAAUGUGGCGUUAAACUUUUGUUUGUAUUAAUCAUGGAUGGAUGCAUGGGCUUCUGCAUUUUUGCGGGGUACAAUUGCUACGAGGGUAAC